AUGUUGUAUUUUCAGUUGGUGAUCAUGGCUGGGACUGUAAUGCUAGCCUAUUAUUUUGAGUACACUGAUACCUUCAGUGUGCAUGUGCAGGGAUUUUUUUGUUACGAUACUACCUAUACUAAACCCUACCUUGGACCGGAGGACCACAGCGCCAUCCCACCUAUCCUGUUGUAUGCUGUAGUAGCGGUUUUGCCCACACUGCUGAUCACAAUAACAGAGACGGUGCUAUUCUUGGUCCAGUAUACAUCAAAAGAGUUUGAUAAUUCAGAGAAGACGGUGGCCACGGGAGACUGCUGUUAUCUGAACCCACUGGUGCGCAGGACCUUUCGUUUCCUUGGAGUUUACACCUUUGGCCUCUUCACUGUCGACAUCUUUGUCAACGCGGGCCAGGUAGUGACGGGAAACCUGGCACCCUAUUUUAUGACCAUCUGCAAACCAAACUACACGGCACUGGGGUGCCAUAAGUCCCUUCGCUAUAUCAACCACCAGGAAGCCUGCACGGGAAACCAGAACGAAAUCCUGCACGCCCGCAAAACCUUCCCAUCCAAGGAGGCUGCUCUCAGCAUAUAUGCUGCACUCUACCUGGCUAUGUAUGUGACAUGCACAGUCCAGGUCAAAGGCACUCGCCUGGCUAAGCCAGUGCUGUCCCUCGCCCUUGUGUUUCUGGCCUUCCUCACAGGACUGAAUCGCAUUGCGGAAUACCGCAACCACUGGUCGGAUGUCAUUGCUGGCUUCAUGAUUGGCACUGCCAUCGCCACAUUCUUGGUCGUUUGCGUGGUCCAUUAUUUCAAAGGGAAGUUGCUGCUGAAUGACGACACGCCAACAGAAGUGCAGGCGAAUACAACAAUUCUGGGGAUGGGUCAUGUAGAGAGUCCUCUGGAGAAGUACAUUGCCUCACAGAAUCACAUCACUUUUGCUGAGGUCACAUGA